UCCUGUUGGGGUUCUGCAGGUAACCCAGACCCUCAACUGGCUGGUGAGGAUGACCUCAGAGCUGGAGACCAAUAUUGUAGCUGUGGAGAGAGUGAACGAAUACACUCAGCUUAAGAACGAGGCUGACUGGGUAACUGACACUCGACCUCCACAGAUGUGGCCAGAGGCAGGAAGAGUGCAUUUUGAGAACUACAAAGUCCGUUACAGACCUGAAUUGGAUUUAGUGCUGCAUGGAAUCACUUGUGACAUCAACAGCACUGAGAAGAUCGGUAUUGUCGGUCGCACAGGAGCUGGGAAAUCAAGUCUUACCAACUGCCUGUUUAGAAUUAUUGAAGCUGCUGAAGGUCGCAUCCUCAUUGACGAUGUAGAUAUCGCUACAAUAGGCCUGCAUGACCUGAGAAACAGACUCACAAUUAUACCACAGGAUCCCGUUUUGUUCUCGGGGUCACUGAGGAUGAACCUGGAUCCAUUUGACAAGUUCAGCGAUGAGGAGAUUUGGAGAGUGCUGGAGCUCUCUCAUCUAAAGAGCUAUGUAUCAGCGCUGCAGGAAGGAUUACAGCAUAAAGUGGCAGAGGGAGGAGAAAACCUCAGUGUUGGGCAGAGGCAGCUGCUGUGUCUGGCUCGAGCUCUCCUGAGAAAGUCACGUAUCCUAAUUCUGGAUGAAGCCACGGCAGCUGUUGACCUGGAGACAGACAACCUGAUUCAGAACACCAUCCGCAAAGAGUUCUCAGACUGCACAGUCCUUACCAUCGCCCACCGCCUGCACAGUAUCAUGGACAGCUCUAGGGUAAUGGUGCUUGAUGCUGGAAAAAUAGUGGAAUUUGAUUCGCCGAACAACAUGCUUGAAAAAGAAGGUCAUUUCUACGCCAUGGCAAAGGAUGCUGGGAUAACACUAGAAAGCAGCACACAUUUAUAACUUUGUACUUGUUUUAUAUAUGAUUUAGCUCCAACAGUUUCAGGUUUCAGGUUCCAUAAAAUGUACUAAUUGUGUUGUGAGAUUGUUUUUUGUUUUUUUUUUAAUUAGGAUAGCUGUUGGAAAAAAAAACACACAAAAAAAUGAAAGAUACAAAACAAAAGUGUAAUGUCUAGUGUAAGGUGUGAUUACAGGAGGUUGAGGGUCACAUGAGAACUCGUCUGGGCUUCUUUUGCAGUUGUUGUAGCAUAUGUUGGGUAACACUCUAUACAGUGGUGGGAAACUGAUUUUCCCAAGGGACCAAAUAAGAAACAGGCUCUGAUGAGGAGGGCUGUUGUGAAGGGAGGCAGACUCAGUUUCUCAUGUGUCUGCUUGGGGAAUUAAUUGGCCACCAUUGCUCUAUCCUGUAUUGGUUGCAAACUCCAUUCUACAAUUUUUUUGAUUUUUACUUUGAAAUUCCUUUAAUUUCAUGCCAACAUCAACUGUCAUUCUGUUAUGUUUUGCUUAUUAACAUAAUAAUAGUGCUAUUUCCACAUGCUGAGUGCACGAAGAGUGAUGUUGGUGACAACCAGAUAAUAUUUUCAAUUUUUUCUAUUACAGUGUAAGAUCCAAAAGCAGAUAUGACCUACUGCUGUAAUUAAGUGAUACGAGACAAUAUAUUGAGGAGAAGAGCAAAGAGAAUGAAAAGAGUUGUUUGCACAAGACAACAAAGCAGGGGAAUUGGAAUACAUGUGUCUCUAAAGUAUGAAGAACUAUACUUGAUGUAUAUUUAUUCAUCCAUUUAUCUGCCUUUAGUUAUUUUUUUGUUUUGUUGCACUUUAUUCUAAUUAAUGGGGGUUUUUCAGCAUGCAGAAUAGGAUAGCACUUAAAAAAAUGUGGAAAGACUGCUCCAGGUGAGGCUCGAACUCACAACCUCGGCAUUGCUCUACAAUGUACUGUCAUAUAAGUACCACACGCUAACCGAUUGCGCCACUGGAGCACAUGAAUCAUUUUCCAUAUUGAAUUAAAAACAUACUUUUUGUA